AUGAGUUUGAUGGUUGGUCAUCUUCUACCUCCAACUUCCAAACACUCAUUCACUAAAACCUCUCAUUGCCUUCAAAACCCAAAAGCUAGUUUGCAAAGUUCAGCCCCAAAGCCCACAAUCUUACCCAGUCUACUCUCUUUGGCUCUCUCUGUAACACUAAGCUCACCUUUUCCUGUUUUAGCAAUCCCUUCUCUCAACCCCCAGUCCAAUUUAGUCCCUCCCCCCACCACUCCAUUCUCUCAAUCCAAGAAUUUGCAGACUGGGCUGGAAAAUGGAAAAAUCAGACCUUGCCCAUCGAUAAAUCCAGGCUGUGUGUCAACAAAUCCAAGGUCAUCAUCGUUUGCAUUUCCAUUGACGAUUCCUGCAAAUUCUUCAGACAAUGCAAUUCAGAGGUUGGAAGAAGCAAUCUUGGAAACUCAAAAGAAUGCAAAAAUUCAAAUCUUGCAAGAUACCCCUGAUGGAGGCCAAUAUCUACAAGCUGAGUUUGAUGGAGGGUUUGGCCGAGAUGUGCUGGAGUUUCUGGUGAAAGGAGACUUGGUUUCUUACAGGUGCAUGGCCACAAAAGUAACCUACUUGUACCCUUUCACUACUGCUUUGGGGAAUUCAAAGGGACAAGAAGAAAGGAUGAAGAAAAUCACUGACCAGUUGGGUUGGUAUGCUCCAAGUUUCGAAGCCAUGGACUAA